AUGUAUAAUCAAACUAGCGUUUUUAUUUUAUUGUAUUUUUUAGCAGCAACUCAUGAAUGCAAAGUCACUGAUUGUACUGGAAAAAAUACGGAAUGUGUAGCGAAUGGCAACACUUUUACUUGUGAGUGUAAAAAAGAUUUUAAACCAGUAGACGAAGCUAAGAAAGGGCAAAAGGAUGCGGAUUGCGUUGCUGCUGACUACGUUUGUAAAGGUACUGAAUGCAAAUCUCCGUCAUCGAAAUGUGUAACAAAAGGUACUGAUUUCUUCUGUGAAUGUGAACCUGGGUACAAACUGAAGGAGGGAAAGAAACCAGAAACAAACAAAGAUGAAUGUGAAAAAAAAAAUAAAUGCGACCUCGGAGAGUUUUCGUGUCCCAAACCAGAGAGGGCUAAAUGUGUGAUGAUAGGAAAUGACGAUUUUUAUUGCGAAUGUAAUGAUGGCUACGUCCCCAAAGAAGGUGAAGUAAAGAAAAAUAAAGGCGAAUGCACAAGUGGGUGCGAUGAUAAUUUCUGCAAAGAUGGUUCAACCUGCAAACCUCAAGGAAAAGAUUAUAAGUGUAUAUGCCCUCCCUUUUUUGAAGGAAAAAACUGCACUAAAGCAAGUUGCGCAAAUAACCCUUGUAAAAAUGAUGGAAAAUGUGAAGUCAAAGAAAUCGCCGGUGUGACAGCAGGUAGAUGCACUUGUAAAGCUCCCUUUGAUGGAGAUACUUGUGAGACAAAUUCGUGGUGCACAGAUAAUAUCUGUGGCACAAAAAAAGAAGCAAAAUGCGACUUUUCUGUGGACUUUGGUGCAGGCUACUGCAAGUGCGAAAACGAAACUCUAAGAUUUAAUUAUGCAAGUCAAGUCUGUGAAGAAAAACCUGUAUGUUCCUACAUGACUUGCCAGGAAAAUGAAGUAUGCGAUCCUAAUGAGAAAAAAUGUGUAUGCAAAAAAGGAUACGAAAUCGACGGCGAAUCUAAAAAAUGCAAAUCCAAACUCUGCGACAAGACUUGUUUCCCAGAAAGUAAAUGUUCUGAGAUUGGUAAUGAUGCCAUUAAGUGUUCUUGCAAUUCAUCUCAGUACUAUCUAAACAAUGAAUGCAAAGACGCAAGCUGUUUGUUUCAAAGUCUAAGAAGUAGCUGCCAACGAGAAUGUCCUUACUCCAAUAUGAUACGUGAAGGUGGAAUCUGUAAACCAGUAAAAUCAGAUGAAGCAAAGACAAUUAUUCCCUGCGGAUUGUCAUGUGGACCAUAUGGCUAUUGCUUUAAAGAAGAUAAAGAAGGCGCAGAAGAAAGAUGCGUCUGCGAACCUGAAGCUGAACAAAAGGAUGACAAAAGUGCUUGUGAACUGAAAGAAUCUGUGUGUCCAAGUAAUAUAAAAUUGACUCAAGAUAAGACUAAAUGCAGUUGUACUGGAAAAUACAAGGAAUCCGCGAACAAGAUUACAUGUGAAUUAAAAACAUGCUCUGACAAAGAUGUCCAAGAUGAGUGCAAAAAACAAAACGCAGUUUGUGAAAUGGACUGGAAAAAUGGAGGCGGUUAUGACUGUAAAUGCAAAGAUGGAUAUUAUCAGGACCCAAAAAGCAAAAUAUGCUUGUAUAAAACUAAUGUUUUAAACUUAAAAGUGGAAUGCUCAAAAGACAAUAAAGUUGCCUUUAUGGAUAAAAAUGGUGAAAUUGUUUGCAUGUGCCCUCCUGGUAUGAAAUCAGCAAGCAGUAAGCCAUGUACUGAAAAAUAUAAUGAUAAAACCACAUAUUUGAUUAAAAAUUUACCCAUUUCAAAGGCAAAAUAUGUUCAUGGCUCAGUGGUCGAUGUUUUUGCUUUAACCAAGGAUGUCAUUUCUGCAAUGGAGAACACAUUUAAGGACUUAGAAUUUGCUAGACUCUACAAAUACAAUUUCAAAGAUGAUGUUAUCAACUGUUUGAUAUGGCUGCAAUUUAAUAAACCAUCGGAGUUUGAUUACAAGCGAAUACCAGUGGCAGCUUUUGACGAUGGUUUACUUCUUCCAGGAUUACAACUGAAAGCAGAUAAAAUAAAAGAAGUCAAAGGAGAAGAAUUGAACUUUUGCUCUGGGCAAGAACAUGAUCCAUUCUGUGGAGCCACUACAUGUGACAAAACUGAAUGCAAGUGCCCUGCGGGAUACAAAGUUGUUGACUCAAGUAUAAGAAAAUAUGGUGCUGUAACUCUAUUCAACUGUGAAGACGUAAACGAAUGCAACGAUGGGUCACAUACCUGCCCUCAGGAAACCACUUCUUGUGUCAAUACUGAAGGAAGCUUUUACUGCAAGUGUCUUCAAAACUAUAAGCUGAAGAAAGAUAAAGUAGAAGAUAAGAAUCAGGAAGGAUGCAUAGACGCAUGCAAGGAUCCAAAUCCUUGCUCUGAUGGACAAUGUUCGCUUACUUCGGGUGGCAUGGUUGACUGCAGUUGUAAAGUUGGUUACUCUGGCUCUUACUGUAAUAAAAAAGACGUAGCUUUAGCAGGUGCACAUAAAAAGACGGUUGUUGUUGGAGCAGUACUUGGCACCAUUCUUGGCGUUUUAAUCCUUGCAGUUAUUGUUUAUGUUGUUAAGCAAAGGAAAAAUUCACAUUCCGAAGAUUUUUCCCCAGCUCCUCGGCUAGAUAAUGCAGAAAUGACGGAGAGGAGGCCAAUGAGGGGUAUUUCGAACAGAGCUUACCAGUGAACCAGU